AUGGCGUGGCCGUCUUUGGCUUUGGUCGUUCUGCUCGCCGUGUCCAUCUUCGUCACUGACGCCAGCGACCCGGACAUCCUGACGGACUUCAUCGUGCCCCCGGGCACCAACAUGUCCCUCCUAGACGGCGCCUUCUUCACCUACACCGACCUCAACUCCAGCAACGCCGCCGACCCGGCCAAGUUCACGGCCACCAAGGCGACCGCCGUGGAGUUCCCGGCGCUGCUCGGACAGUCCGUCUCCUACGCUGCCCUCGUCUUCGGCGCCGGCACCCUCAACCCGCCGCACAUCCAUCCGAGGGCGUCGGAGCUGCUGUACGUGGUGCAGGGCCCACUAAUGGUGGGGCUCGUCGAUGAGGUGGCCGGCAAGGUGUACACGCAGACGCUGCAGACCGGCGACAUGUUCGUGUUCCCCAAGGGAAUGGUGCACUUCCAGUACAACGCCGGCACCGAGUUGGCGCGCGCAUUCUCCACCUUCGGGGGCGCCAGCCCAGGAACCGUCUCGCUACCAGGCGCCAUCUUCGAGUCUGGCAUCGACGAUAACGUCCUCCAGAAGUCCUUCCAUGUCGACCAGGCCACUGUUGAGACGCUCAAGCAUGACCUGGCGCCUGCUGCCCCUGGGCCGGUGGCGCCACCGCCCUCCACGGCGGCACCAGGGCUCUCCACUCGCUCGGCGGCGCUCGCGGCGCUUGUUGGCUUAGGCGCCGCCUUCUGGUUGUGA